GCUUCUGAAUUAAUUUUCAUUUGUGUGCAUCUGACAGGAAUAGUCUCGAGUAUGAGCAAGGUGCAACUGAGUUUGUUUUUUCGUCAUCAAGACGAUUGGGUGAUCUAGUUGAAAUGUUCUGCCCUUGCGUUGAUUGCCGCAAUGUCUGCCAUCAAUCAAGAGAGACAGUUUUUGAGCAUCUCGUCAUCAGAGGGAUGGAUCAGAAGUACAAGAGAUGUAAAUAUUGGAGUAAACACGGGGAUAUAAGGCCAGAUAAGACAGCUGAUGUUCAGACGUCUGAAAAUGAGGCUUAUGAGUUGAUGAGGACAGCUUUUAUAGCGAGCGAUGGCAAGACACCAUUUGAGAAGCAGAAUUCAGAGGAUUUUGAUGGUAUUGAGAGGCCAGAAGAGGAUGAGUUUAGGAAGAAGUUAGAUGAUGCCGAGACUCCACUGUACCCGACAUGUCAGAAAUACACCAAGGUUGCUGCUAUCAUGGGUCUUUACCGUAUAAAAGUCAAGAGUGGGAUGUCAGAGAGCUAUUUCGACCAGCUAAUGACAUUAGUUCAUGACAUGCUACCUCCAGAUAAUGUUCUGCCUAAGUCUACGGAUGAGAUGAAGAAGUUCUUAAAGGUGUUUGGUUUUGGUUAUGAUGUCAUCCAUGCCUGCAAAAAUGAUUGUAUCCUUUAUAGGAAACAGUAUGCGGAGUUAGUUUGCUGUCCAAGAUGUAGUGAAUCAAGAUGGGAAAGAGAUAAGCACACUGGUGAGGAGAAGAAAGGAGUUCCAUGUAAGGUGCUUAGGUAUUUUCCCAUAAAAGAGAGAUUCAAGAGGAUGUUUAGAUCGAAACGGUUGGCUGAGGAUUUGUGUUGGCACUUAAACAAUGCAACUGAAGAUGGAUCUAUGCGGCAUCCUGUGGAUUCUUUGACUUGGGUUCAGGCAAACGAUAAGUGGCCGGAAUUUGCUGCUGAAGCAAGAAACCUGAGACUAGGUCUUUCUACUGAUGGGAUGAAUCCAUUCUCGAUCCAAAACACCAAGUACAGCACGUGGCCGGUUAUCCUAGUUAACUACAAUAUGGCGCCAACUCAGUGCAUGAAAGCGGAGAACAUUAUGUUGACGAUGUUGAUACCUGGACCACCAGCACCUAGCAACAACAUUGAUGUGUAUCUACAGCCCCUGAUAGAGGACCUCAAGGACUUGUGGACCGAAGGUAUUGAAGUUUAUGAUGCCUUUAAGAAGGAGAGUUUUAAUUUAAGAGCUAAGUUUUAAUUUAAGAGCUAUGUUGCUGUGGAGUAUCACAGACUACCCAGCUUUAGGGACAUUAGCUGGAUGCAAAGUUAAGGGGAAGCAAGUGUGUAUUGUAUGUGGGAAGGAGACACCGCAUAGAUGGCUUAAGUUUAGUAGGAAACAUGUAUAUAUGGGUAACAGGAAGCGACUGAUGCCUGGUCAUCCCUACAGACGUAGAAAGGGUUGGUUUGACAACCCAGUGGAGUCUGGUGUUUCAAAGAGGAUUCAGAGUGGGAAAGAAAUAUUUGACAGCCUUAGAGGAUUUAGAAAUGAUUUUGGAAGACCAUUAGCUAAAAAGGGGAAGCAUAAAAGGGCAGAAGCAGAAGAUGACGAUGAUGAAGCUGCAACAGCUGAAGAAAUCGAAGAAGAAGAUGAUUUAUGGAGGUGGAAAAAAAAUUCUAUCUUCUUUGACUUACCAUAUUGGAAGGUAUACGUUCUGCUUUACAAUAAAUUUUAACUUUCUGAAUUUAUGUAAGCUAAUUAAAUUGUUUCUGAUAAUUAACUCUACAUAAUGUUUUCAGGAAAUGCCUGUCAGGCAUUACAUAGAUGUUAUGCACGUCGAGAAGAACGUCUCAGACGCACUACUAUCUAUUAUUAUGAAUAAUGCAAAAUCAAAGGAUGGGUUGAAAGCAAGAAAAGAUUUAGAAGACAUGGGAAUCAUGAGCAACUUACAUCCAGAGAAGCGUGGGAAGAGAACUUAUUUGCCUCCCGCUGCAUUCUGGCUUUCCAAGGAAGAGAAAAAAAAUUCUGUAGACGGCUAUCCAAGUUUAGAGGCCCCGAUGGAUAUUGUGCAAAUAUAUCCAAUUGUGUCUCAUUGGAUCCUCCCAAUAUCGGCAGCAUGAAGUCACAUGACCAUCACGUUCUUUUGCAGAACCUUUUUCCUGUGGCAUUGAGAGGUUUAUUGCCUAAAGGACCUCGGAUAGCUGUCAAUCGUAUCUGCAACUACUUCAACAGACUUUGCCAACGAGUUAUUGAUCCAGAGAAGCUACUGACUCUAGAAUCUGAGAUUGUAGAAACAAUGUGCCAGUUGGAGAGAUUUUUUCCACCAUCACUCUUCGACAUUAUGUUUCACCUUCCUCUCCAUCUAGCUAAAGAAGCACGCUUGGGUGGCCCUGUGCACUUCAGAUGGAUGUAUCCGUUUGAGAGGUAAAUUUUUUUUUGUCUUUGUCGUAUACUUUCAAUAAAUAGACUAACUUAUAUGUUCUGGUAUGUAGAUAUAUGAAAACUCUAAAAGCUUAUGUCAAGAAUUUUGCACGACCCGAAGCUUGUAUGGCUGAGGGAUAUUUGUCUAGUGAAUGCAUUGCGUUUUGUAUGGAGUUCCUUCGAAAAUCUGUUCCAGUCCAAGAAGCAAUUAAUAGAAAUGAAGAUAUUGAGGCAAUUCAGAAUGUCCUUGAAGGAAGACCAUUACAGAAAGCUACAGAAGUAACCCUCACAGAUAAGGAGAGAGAUACAGCUCAUCGUUAUAUCCUCAUGAAUACAGCAGUCAUGGAUCCGUAUACUGGGUAAGUAAAACAGCAGUUAGAUAUAUAAAGUUGUUCUAUUUUAUACAUUGUCUAACUUAAAGAAAGCAGGUUGCAUUUGGAAGAACUGCAAGCUACUGAUGAAAGAUGCGCACAAAAUGAAACACUACUGUGGAAAUAUCACACAGAAAGGUUCCCCCAGUGGAUAAAAGAUAAGGUAAAUGAGCUUAUUAUAUGCUUUAAUCUUUACAUUUUUGUAUGAUUAUUAACUCUACUACACGUUUCAUGUUAAUUGGAUACCUAAUAACUCGAAGGAACAUUCGAAAAGGCUGAGAUGGCUUGCUUUUGGACCAAGGAAUAUUGCUCACACAUACAAGGGAUACGUGGUGAAUGGACAUCGAUACCAUUGUGAUGAUGUAAAGCGCAGUACACAGAAUAGUGGGGUUGCAUAUGAAGCAUUUUCAAUGUGUCGAGCUAGCGCUAAAGAUUCUAAGCAAAUGGCGGACAUGGUAGCUUACUAUGGAGUGAUAAAGGAGAUCAUAUUGGUGGACUACCACAUGUUCCAAGUUCCCCUGUUUAAGUGUAGUUGGGCUCACAAUGGGAAAGGAGUUAAAGAGGAAGAAGGGUUCACACUUGUCAAUCUUCAUAUGAACCAGUCAUCAUUUGCAAACGAUCCAUACAUUCUGCCAUCGCAAGCUAAACAGGUCUUCUAUUCUAGAGAAGAUGAAAGCUCACCUUGGUAUGUUGUUAUGCGGGCACCACCAAGAGGAUACCAUGAGUUAGAGACAGAAGAGAAGAUCGAUUUUGAACCAUCAGUCCAGCCAAUUGAAGAUAUAGGAUAUCAAUCUGAUGAUGAGAGUUUCUGUGUUAGGGAAGACUGUGAAGGUGUCCUUGUUGAUGUUUAGAUACUAAAAAUUCUAAUUUUGUUUCAGGUUCUCUGCAAUGAUGAAAUCUCAAGCUGUUAAUGAGCAAAACCGUCGCAGUAAGCGUCAAGCAGGUAUUGAUGCGAGUCCUGUCGGGUCAGAGGUUCAUAAGAAACAAAAGAAGAAUGCUCCGAAGGUUAAUGAAAGAGAAGAGAGUGCUGCUAAAGAAUCGACUGAGGAAGAGGCGCAAGACGUAGAAGUGGAUCAACAUUCACCGACUGAAGUUGAAGAACCCAUCCCUGCUUCUAGCAAUGGAGUGUUCAACACCGAUGACACUCAGACACAGCAAUCCGAGAUCAAAACGAGGAAGACAAGGGGUCUAACUAAAAUGCGCAAAAUGGCCAAAAAUGCAGAGGACAAGGUAGAUGUAGAGUUCAACUCCAUAGGUGAGCAUGUCGGUAGUGGAUCAGUGACACUCUCAUCCUUUCUUGGUCCUCUUGUGAGGGAGCAUGUGCCAUUAUUGCUAGAUGACUAGAGACACGUCGAAGAAACAACAAAAGACGCUUUAUGGGAAGAGAUUCAGGUAAUUUUUAUAAGUUUUUUCGCUGGAGUACUAGUUUAAACUAUUUUAGUGUUUAACAUUUCAAUAUUUGACAGGGGAGGUUCAACUUGACAGAGGAAUGGCAAAAAGAUGCAGUCUUUAAGCAGAUGGGUUGCUUGUGGAGGGCCUCGUAAUCAAGGCUGACUUCUAUAGUCCGUUCUAUUAAAAACAAGGCUCAGAUACAGAAAAUGAAGCCUAGCAACAUCCAAUCUUCUUCUGCUUGGAACAGUUGGGUGAAAGCUAGGUGCACCAAAGAUUUUAAGGUACAAAGUGAUAAAUACAGGAGACUUAGGAAGAUUCAAAUUCCGCACACAACAAGCCGAAAAGGCAUGAGUCGCCUAGCUCAUGAGAUG